UGCCCUCCGACCUCAGUCCGGGCUUAUCCGCCGCAGCGACAUUUCAGUUCAGUUAAGCAAAAGUAUUAAGACCUAGUCGUAUUAUCGCGUUUUUACUCCUUUAUAACUUUUUAUUUUUUUACAAUGAAUCGAGCUUUAAGUGGAUCAGCCUUAUAUCUAAGGACUUUUCGUCGCAUAAACAGUAUAAGGUGUUUUAGUGCGGCCAAACCUGAUCAGCCGCUGUUUCCCCACAAAGAUGAAUUCCCUAAUCGGCAUAUCGGGCCUAGGGAUAGUGAUAUUAUCGUUAUGUUGGAUACUAUCGGGUUUAAGACUUUGGACCAGUUGACCGAACAGGCCGUUCCAAAGAAUAUUUCCUUAAAUAAGCCCUUGGACAUUGAAGAACCUUUGGGCGAAUACGAGCUGAUUAACCGUAUUCGAAGCAUCGCCGAACGGAACAAAAUUUGGCGAUCUUACAUCGGCAUGGGCUACCACAACUGUUGCGUUCCGCACACCAUUAUGCGGAAUAUUUUCGAAAACCCUGGCUGGACCACCCAGUAUACGCCUUACCAGCCGGAGGUGGCCCAGGGCAGACUGGAAGGCCUCCUGAACUACCAAACAAUGGUAUCCGAGCUGACCGGCUUAGAGGUAGCAAACGCCUCACUUUUAGAUGAAGGCACCGCUGCAGCAGAAGCGCUCUCUUUGUGCUACAGACAAAACAAGAGGCGCAAGUUGCUGCUUUCUGAUAAACUGCAUCCGCAGACCAUUUCCGUGGUCCAAACCAGGUUGAACUCCUUGGGCCUGCAAGUGGAAGUGGUGAAUGUAUUUGAAGCGGAUUUCACCAAUCGGGACGUAUCUGGGGUUCUUUUCCAAUAUCCAGAUACCGAAGGAAAUGUGCUGGAUUUCAGCCAAGUGGCUGAAGACGCUCAUGCCAAUGGUAGUCUGGUCUGUUGCGCUACCGAUCUCCUAAGUCUCACGCUUUUGCGGCCACCAAGCGAAUUUGGCGCUGACAUAGCGAUUGGAACGUCCCAAAGACUGGGCGUGCCUUUAGGCUACGGCGGUCCUCAUGCUGGAUUCUUCGCCUGCAACCAAUCGCUGGUCCGCUUGAUGCCCGGCAGGAUGAUUGGGGUGACCAGGGAUGCGGCUGGACGAGACGGAUAUCGCCUAGCUUUGCAAACACGAGAGCAGCACAUCCGAAGAGACAAGGCGACCAGCAAUAUCUGCACUGCUCAGGCAUUGCUGGCUAACAUGUCGGCAAUGUUUGCAGUGUAUCACGGACCGCAAGGGCUCAAGGAUAUUGCUACAAAAAUUCACCACUUUGCCUUGGUAAGCUUCGCCUUGUUUCAUCGGGGCAAGAGCCCUGAGGCUAGCUCCAAAAAAUUGAUUGCAAUAAAAUAUGAAUUCUCAGACUAUGAAGGAUAA